AUGAAUUCUCUUCCGUCAAUCGCGAUUCCUGGCCAACGCCUCGGAUCUACAGCCACAUAUUUCGCUGGACCCGGCACACACGUCCAUCAAAACGCCGUCUAUGCCUCCAUCGCCGGACCCGUAGUUACAGACGCUGCACCGCCGCAGACACGAUCAAGGCCCACCCUCAGAGUCUCACGAGUGACCGAUACCAAGCAUCCCAGUCCCUCAGCCGCAACCGCUACCACAUACAAGUCGAAGCCCCGCUACAACACCCUCCCCGCUGUGGACUCUAUCGUUCUCGCACGCGUCACUCGUGUGCAGAAGCGACAAGCCACAGUCUCCAUUCUCGUCGUACUUGACGAGUCCACAUCACAACCGCUAGACCAGUCAGGGGCAAUCUCAGACAAAGAAUACAUGGCGUCUCUUCUCACAUCCGCGGCCAACCCGGAAAACCACAGCAACUCCGAUGAUCUGCGCUUUCAGGCACUUAUUAGGAAAGAAGACGUGCGGGCCGUUGAGAAAGACCACGUUGUCAUGGAUGAGAUGUUCCGGGUGGGCGAUAUCGUUCGCGGCUCGGUGAUCUCGCUUGGCGAUCAGAGCUUUUACUACAUCACCACCGCGCGCAACGAUCUCGGUGUCUUCAUGGCUCGCAGCGAGGCGGGCAACAUGAUGUUCCCUGUGACUUGGAAGGAAAUGAGGGAUCCUAUUACUGGAAUCAGUGAGUCGCGGAAGGUUGCCCGGCCAUUCUGA